AUGUCGUUUCCCAUGUACGUGGUUUCCGUAGACGUUCUGCUGGACAUGAACGACCUCAAGCCGCAUGAAGACCUCAUGUCUUCCGGUCUGCUGACAGAAUAUCAGGAGUGCAUUGGCAACGCCAUGUUUGUGUCGCACCAGUGGCUAGCUUUCAACCAUCCGGAUCCCAACGCCGAGCAGUUGAAGGUUUUGCAAGCGGCGCUGGGCAACAUCCGGUCACGAAAAAGCCAAAUCCACAUCCCAGUUUUGACAGAGCUGUACUUCGGCCGCCUGCCUACGCCCACCGCCGAGGACUUUGCCGGCCCAUCAGUUUUCAUCUGGUAUGACUAUUUUUCCUGCCCACAGGGCAUGGAUGGUGAUGCCAAAUUUUCGCGACAGCAGGCCAUUGACAGCAUUGUUUCUUACAUCUCUCGGUGCAAGUACUUUGUUGUACUUUGCCCGGCAUUGAUGCACGUUGAUCAGCAGCGGGUCCUUGGCCAGCAUUCCUGGGCGGAACGCGGCUGGUGUAGAACCGAACGUCUUGCCCGAGAGCUUGCUGCACGCCAGGACGGGGCUGCAAUUGUGAUCGAAAGUGGUGUCCAUCAGUAUCUUAUGAUCGAUGCACGGAAGUACCUGGAUGCUCCCGGAGCUGGACACUUCACGCUGGAGUCAGACCGACCACGCAUUGCAAGGGUGCUAGUUCAGAUGGUUUGGAAGAAGCUGCUAUGCCUGUUGGAGCAGGGUGACUGGCAUAACUAUCGUUUCCUGCUGAACACCCAGUCCACUUGUUGUUUCAAGGGGCUUGACGUCAUGCCGCUAGAAGGACUCAUACCCGGAUUUUCCCUUCAUCGCGAUCCGUUCAGUGACCCUGCAGCUUGUGUAGUUGAGUGGUUUCUGCACGAGAACGGAUUCCGGAAAGUUUCAGAACGAGAUAGAGCUGGCUGGACACCACUUUGCUAUGCAGCCAUCUCUGGCAACGCAUACCUGGUGGCGUCGCUACUCAAGUGCCGUGCAAGCUGCAACGAAAGGAUUACAAAGAAGAAGCCAGAACUUGUUAUCAAAAAGAACAUGCCGGUUCUCUCCCUGGCCACACACUUUCAUUGUAACGAGAUUGUGAAGAUAUUGUUGUCGGCCAAGGCCAAUGUGCAUGCAACUGAUUAUCACAACUCCGUUGCCUUGCAUUGGGCAAGCCACUCCAACAACGUCGAAGCUGUCCGCAUUCUUUGUGCUGCAGGCUCAGAUCGUCGGCUCAAGAUGUUGCCUGGAACUGAUGCUUUCUCUGUCGCAGUUGGUUCCGGAGCGGAAGACGUUGUGGAGGAACUGCUUACACACAGGCCGAAGGUGAAUCUGCAGUACCGCCUUCACCACGCGCUCAUCUUUUUCAGCGUCUCCACCAGUAUUAUUACCACACUUCUGCGUGCAGAUGCUGAUGUCAACGAAAGACUGCGCAUCGAGACACCCACCUGGCGGUUGAUGUACGGGGCUCUCAGCAUCCAGCACCGAGUUAGCCCAUCAAUAUUGACAAGCCUGGCCUAUCAUCAUCAUUUGUCAACACCUUUGAUGCUCAGUGUCCUGAAUGGCUGCUUCGGAGCAUCCCGCCUUCUGCUCCAAGCCCGUGCGGAUGUGACUCUGCGCAACAGCCGUGGGAAGACGGCAGCUGAUUUGGCGAAGCAGGUACAAGCUCCGGAGAGCAUCAUCGCGCUUAUAGAGCAAUGUCCAUCAGUUUCAAGUGAACAUAUCCUUCAAGAUGAGGACUUCGUGUCAAUCUAG